CCGAAUUCAACAAUGCUUUGGACUCUCUUACCCGACCCCGACAGGGAAAAGGUUUGGUUCCAUGCUCCUCUGCCAACAAGGCUCGAGAGGACAGUUUAAGAGAUACGGUUGUAAGAACUCAAAGUGCUCUGGACAGACUUCACCGAUCACUGAGAGCAAUGAAUGGAUACAAUAACCGUAUCUGUUUACAACUCGCGGACGAUUUCGAUAAGCAAGGCAGAAUUUUCCUCCAGCACCAUGACUAUCUUUGUCUAGCUGGAAGCGGCUUUAUCUAUUUCACUCUUCAAAGACGAGAAACAUUUCAAGUCGAUAGCCAGUCGGAAUCCCAUCCAUCCUCUCUUUUUGUUGCGGAAUCCUCACUUGAUUCUUUACAAUCCCUUCAAAGUCUCUCGGAGGAUCAACACGCCUCAAAUCUUGAGAAAUGCAGAGCCUUUACCAGCAACACCACCACCCAUGCCUUCGAAAGAUGGGGCGGAGUCUUUCCCCCAACGCCGAACAUCACGAGUGAUUUAGAUGUCCAUUGGCUAUUCAAGGAUCGCCUGAAUUCUUGGUCGAGGGGUAUGACACUAGCUGUAGAGCUUAGUAGAGCGAGGCUAGCUAGUCGAAUGACCAUCAACCAGCGAAUUCAAUUAGCAUUAGUCGUCACCAAUGCUUUCCUUUACCUCACAAAAGUCAGGCCCAUGUGCCAACCCAUUACGCUUGACACAUUCAUAUACUACAACCUUGUGAAGGGGAAAUCUCCAAACGCUGAGUUUGAUCCUCUGCGAUCAAGACCUUACAUCGACUUCGGUUUUGGCCAAAGACAGAACGAUGUGAUUAUUGGUGGAGACACACAGGUUUCCUCUCCAAGUCCAAUUGUCGACCUGGGUAUUAACCUGGUUCAGAUUGGGCGCUGCAUGACUUACGAAUACGAUAGUCGGAAAGCCUCGUCUUUGGCGGGAGCACGCGCAUGGGCGGAGUCGAACCUGAACAUUCUCGAUCAACAUCUUCCCAUCGGCUACGUCGAGAUCGCUAACGACUGUAUUCAGUUCAAGCCCCAAUCGUUUCCUAGCCAAUACGAUGAAGAGGAAAAAAUAGAGAAUGAGUUUUUGCUGGACAAGGUGAGACGGCUUUUGGAGUUGGAAGGGGAUUUUCAUCCUGCAACUAGAAUGGGUACACUGAUUCCCACGAUACCAAGUGAAGGUGUGGAACUCAGCAAUGAAUAAGAGAGUCGGAGUCAACUCACACAAUCGAGGAUUCUCUUUACAAGGGACAUUAGAAGGAUUCACGUGGAGUAUGAAACACUUUUUUCGGUUUUUAUUUUUUUAUUUUUUUUUAUUUUUUUUCCCUUUUUCCUUAAAAAUGAAAGCGUACGCGCAGUACAUGAUGGAAUAGAAGUAGGACUAGUGCGAAGAAUUGGCGAGCCCUCCAUUCGUG